AUGUAUCUAUCAGCUGACAAAAGAUUUAGAAGUAAAAAUUGCUUCAAGAUUGAACAAAAACAUCAAACAAAGGUGGCAUUGAAGGUUUCAUUUGUUACUACACUACAGGGAAACAAUGGCAUAUUCAAGUUCAGCAACGAGCUGGAGAAGUGCGACAAGGCCAAGGCGGCCAGCUCCUCCGCCGACUUCCUCGGUGCCGUCUCCAAGUACGGCAAGCUCGACUCCACCCAGGGUGUCGGCAAGUACGUCGACCAAGCCGAGGGCUACCUCCGCCAGUACGGCGCCCCCGCUGAAGACAAACCCGCGGCCGAGACUGAAAUUCCUUCGGGCGGCGACGUGAAGAAGCCGGAGGAGAGCGGCGAGGUUGGGGACUAUGCGAAGAAGGCGGAGGAGCUACUCGGCGGAACCGGUGAGAAGAGCGGGGCGGAGGGUUUGUUGAAGGCUGCCGGCUAG